AUGACCACCCGCACCCAUCCCCACCCCGGGUCCGUAGACAGCCUGGAGACCCGACGGCGUCCCUUGCAAGCUGGGGAUAUGGUGUUCCUGCGAGGGCGCAAAGGGGAUGACGGGGGGCCGGAGCUCGAAUUCGCGCUCGCGUUUGCGGAGGUAGGCGCGCCGCCAGAUGCAAGCCCCGAUCCAGCCGCCGACGAUGGCGACGACAAGGAUGACGAGCAUGAUGACCCAUUUCCAGUGGCCUUCUAG